AUGAACUCCAUUGGUCCAGGUCGCAAAACAGCACUGUCGGCCCAGAUUGAAGAUAAGAUUAUGGAAUAUAUCACAUGUAAAAUAAUACAAGUAUACGCCCCGACAACAGAACAUGAAGAUGAGGAAGUAGAAGAAUUCUACGAGGAAAUCAAUCAGGUUUUGAAUAACAACACGGCUCACUAUGUUCUUAUGAUGGGUGACUUCAAUGCAAAAAUUGGAAUAAGAUCAGACCCACAAGAAAAAGGAGUAGGAGCAUUCGGAUCGGGAACACGUAAUGAAAGAGGAAAACUUCUACUGAAUUACGUUAAAGAAAACAACCUCCAUAUCAUGAACACCUACUUUAAGAAGAAAGAAAGCCGGCGGUGGACUUGGAAAAGCCCAAACGGAUUAAUCAAAAACGAAAUAGACUUCUUAAUAAGUAACAACAAAAACAUAGUACUAGAUACAAGUGUAGUAAACUCCGUUAAAAUGGGAAGUGACCACCGUAUGGUCAGAUCUAAGAUAUACUUCGAUACAAAAAUAGAACGAUACAAAUUGAUCUCAAAGGGACCCAAAGGUAUCAACACAGAGGAACUCAGAGUAAAACAGGAGCAAUACCAACGUCAACUAGAAAAUUGUAUCGAUCGAAAUAUGCUACACACCCAGUCUAUUAAUAUGCUAAACAACGAGAUCUCAAAGCAAAUCCAAGAAAUAGCACAUAACGUGGCAGGAAAUAAGAAAAAGAAAAAACUUCAGCUUUGCCAACAAACUCUGGAUCUAAUCAAAAAACGCAAGACGAUAAACCAAGAUAUUACAUUGAAUCAUAUAGAAGUCACGGAACUAAACAAGACAAUAAGAAAGAAAAUCCGACUCGAAACAAGGAAUUAUAAGAACCAGCAAGUUAGACAGACGCUAGAGGAGAGAAAAAGUUUGAAAGUACUGCAAAGGGAAUUUAAGAACAGGACCCACAUCACAAAGCUUGUAAAUGAGAACAACAUCGAAUGUACCAGGAUGGAAGAAUUAAAAGAAUUAACUGAGGCAUUUUAUCGAUCGCUAUACGAAAGCAAAGCCAAACCACCACUAGAAACAUCUUCUAAAGAACGACAGAAGGUAAUGAAUGUAGGCUCAGAAGAAAUCCCAGACAUAACAAGUGAGGAAAUUGAGAGAACCAUGUCCAAAAUGCCAAAAGGAAGAACAGCGGGAGGGGAUGGUAUAGUAUUGGAAAUGCUGAUCUAUGGAGGAGAAAUAGUUCUGGACAUUUUAAAAAUAUUAUACAAUAAAUGCCUGCUGGAGUGCGACGUCCCCGCAGACUGGAAGAACGCCCUAGUAGUUUUGCUCUUCAAAAAAGGCGAUAAAACUAAAUUAAGCAAUUACAGACCAAUCAGCCUGUUGUCUGUCAUGUAUAAAGUAUUUAUAAAAAUAAUAACAGAAAGAUUGACCAACAAACUUGACAGUUACCAGCCUAAAGAGCAAGCCGGAUUUAGAAGAGGUUUCAGCACACUAGAUCAUCUGCAAGUAGUAAGAACAGUUAUAGAAAAGACAAAUGAAUACAAUAUCCCAAUCUGGGUCGCUUUUAUUGACUAUGAAAAAGCUUUUGACUCUGUAGAGAUAUGGGCUGUAUUGAAGGCAUUAAGCAACAGCAGAGUCGACUAUCGAUGCACAACCUUAAUCCAAAAUAUAUAUAGCAACGCAACCCUCCAAGUUAUGUUGAAAGAUUUCACAGAUAAGAUUGAUAUAGGCAGAGGAGUUAGACAAGGAGAGUCCAUCUCACCGAAGCUGUUCACGCUUGCGUUGGAGGAUAUGUUCAAGAAUAUCGGAUGGGAAACUAAGGGCAUUAAAAUAAAUGGAGAAUACUUAAGUCACCUACGGUUUGCUGACGAUAUUGUUCUCUUCGCGGAUAAUCAACAAGAUUUGCAAGACAUGCUAUUGGAACUAGAUCAAAACUCUAAAAAGAUAGGCCUCAAGAUGAAUAUAGGAAAAACCAAAUAA